AGCCAUAACCAGCCAGCGCUUGAUGCUUUCUGAAACCGUCUGAAAGUUGUUGCGGAGGGCGGGGUUUUGUCUGGUCUGCGUGCUAGAAAGUUUAACUCAAUUUAACCCAGUGUAGCGAGUCAAACUCAUCUUUUCUAUUCGCGGUCGACGUCGCAUCUUUUGCUCAGGACGAGCGUAGCACAUCGCACGUUAUGGGUUCGCCGUUACUAAGAGACGGUGGCGAUUUGCUUCAGCAAGUAAGCGCUGACAAUCUUGAGUUGCUAGAACAGAUUGGCUUGUUUUUGUCCCUGGAGAAAGUAGAACACGCGGAUAAGUUCUACAAAACGGUAGUUGGUGCGAGACUCCUGCAACACCUCUGGAAGAAGCUCACCAGGGAAGAGGAGAUUGAAGAACACAGGAACGAAGCUCUGCUUGCCAUAGCGGAAUAUGUCAAGAAAAACCCGAGGGCCACAGAAGAACAAAUCCUUAAAGAGGUACAGACCCAGAUAGAUGCUUUCGUUCAGAAGAUCCAGUAACCCACCUGAAGGGCUGCUUUUCCACUGUGAUUCCCAUACUGCCACUUGCUCGCUGUCGCGAGUCGUGCAGUCAACUUGGGCACAAACAAAACACACGCAGGAUGUGAAAUGAUUGCAUAGCUUUUAUUCUCCGUGCUCCAAAACCAUCACGACACACAGACCUUUGCAUACGUGAUUUGAUUCAGCGUAAGAUCCUGAACUCUUCUCAAAAGUUAGCUGCAGAUUUCUCAAGUGGACGACAGUUUCUUGCCGUUCCACAUUAAGAGUCAAAGAAUACUUUGCUAGGCUUUUCUUUCAUGAUAUUCAGACAGCAAAGAAAAGGCAAGUUACAAGAAAAUACUGUAAAGCUGUAAUGUAAUUUGUCACUGAAGCAUAAAGAGGCUUAAGCCAAAUUUGGCAAAACUUUUUUUUUUAAUUGGCCAUUGCUGUGUCAUCAGCGGCUGUCACCUAGAUGCUAAUUCUCUUGUAAGAGAAAUUUGAAGUUUUGCAAAUGGCACAGGUUGUGUAUUUCAAAUAGCUUUCUGGGGAAAAAAAAUUUAAUCUGCAGCUUACUUUAUAAGGCACUGUCCUUGUUACGUAUACAACUGUUUGUACAUGUUAUCUUCGUGAUGCCGUUCUUAAGUAUAGUAUCUAUCUCGAAAUGAUUAAAAAGAAAAAAAAAAAGCACUGGAACAACCUUUUAAACUCUGUGGCACUACCGUAACAUGCAACAAAAAAUACACGCUCAUCUGUUGUAAGGCACGAGUGUUCUUUAUAUGUGGCACAUGUGUGAUUGUUUGUUGUAUGAAUGUAUAUGAAGAAAGAAAUAUAUAGGAAUACUACUUGCUCGAACGUGUAUGUACAUGUUCCGGUGACAAUUCUGUUCAGUAAUAAAUUU